UCCUCCUGGGUCGAUUCCCUUCUCGUUCUCCUCAUAGCGCCUCCUCCUCUCCAAUCCCUAACCCUAACCCUAAGGCAACGGCGCCGUCACCCGCGGCCUAUCCCCUUCACCGACAGCGCCAUCUCGUCCGAGUCCGAGCUGGAGGAGCACGUGUACGUCGGGGACGCAGCAAGGCCAGCACGCCAUCGGUCCCGCCUUCCCUGGUUCCUCGCCGAGCGCCACGAAGAGGAAGAGAGAAUGGUGAAGGAGAAGGGGAAUGAGAAGGGAAAGGGUGCUGGUAAGGAGAAUGGGAAGGCGAAUGGUGCUGGUAAGGAGAAUGGGAAGGCGAAGGGUGCUGGUAAGGAGAAUGGGAAGGCGAAUGGGAAGGCAAAGGCAAAGGAAAAGAGUUUGAAUUACCUAAUUAGGCAAGAUUCGUCGCUGCCUCUGCCGGUUCCGAGGAAGAAGAGCAAACCUAAGGUGCAGAUUAGGAAGGAGAAAGACUUUCCCAAUGCCCCAAUGGGAGAGUUGAUUUGUAGCUUAAAAAAACACCCUCCACCUCCUCCGCGUCUCCCUGACCGCACCGGUGCCGGCGUGCGUGCCGCGGAAGCCGCUGCCUCCGGCUCCGCAACCGGCUCCGAGCUGCCUCAUGCAUCUACUAUUGUGGUAGAGGACGAGGAGAAGGAGGAGGACGACGAGGACGAGGAGAAGGAGGAGGACGACGAGGACGAGGACAUGGAUGAGGACAAGGACAAGGAAUAUGAGGAGCAGAAUCUGUUUGUGGUUCCUCCAUUGCAAGCGGGUGCUGAUAUGUCGGAUGAUGAUACAUCAGAUGGGUAUAAGGAAUCAGCUGAUGAACUAGAAGGUCACACUAUGUCCCAGGAAUCACUUGUGCAUGUUGUCUCUAGUGAGGAGGAGGCAAGAGAAAGGAAAAGGAAAAAGAACAAGAGGCCAAGAGCCAAUGCUCAUGUUAGGAUGUCAUCCGAUGUUUGGGCCCAUUUUCACAAGGUCAGGGAGCCAGAUGAGAAGACUGGAGAGAUUGUGUUGAAGGCUGUUUGUAAUUAUUGUAACGACAAGAAGUAUGCGUAUAAGCAAGGUGUUAGCACCUCAUCUAUUGGAAGGUAUCAUUUAAAAUGUAAGUGUUACAAGUCCAAGAUGGCUAGGGAUGCCAUCCAAACAACUCUUGAAUUGCGCAGAAUCAAUAGUACAGCAAGUGGUCCAACAAUGCACCCCUCUAUUGAGUACGACCAAGGAAUCGUCAAGGAGCUUAUUGCUAAGAUGAUAUGUGUGCAUGAGUAUUCAUUUAGAAUGGUUGAACAUGAGUGGUUCAACAUUCUAAUGAAGUGCAUGAAUCCAAAUUAUAAACCCAUUGGAAGGAAGGCAAUACGAGCCGAGUGCAUGAUUGCUGUUUUUACUCCAAUGGUUGUUGUUUUUUACUCAUAUGGUUGCUGUUUUUACUCCAAUGGUUGCUGUUUUUUACUCAUAUGCUUGUUGUUUUUACUCGUAUGCUUUCUAAUUCACUCCAAUGCUAUCAUCUUUGAUCCUAGGUACAAGAUGGGUUACAUAGAGUGGGCCUUUGGAGAACUAUAUGGAGAAGGAAGUACGAGGUUUAGGACUGAGAUCAAAAUCGUGGAGAAAGAGUUGGCGGCCUUGUAUGACAAAUAUGUUGCUCAAGCGAGCUGGAAAUGGAGAAAGUUCAUCUUCCUCUGCAAACAUUCCUAG